AUGACAGUACUAAUGGAUGCUCUGGCACUUAGAAUAGCUAUUGGUGGUUCUAAAGAUGUGGCAGUGAAUGUGAAGAAAAACAAUAAUUGCAAUUAUCCUAGAAACACAAUAAGUAACAGGGCGGCCGCCGCCGCCGCCGCUCAGGACCUCUCGUCGUGGCCGCCUCCUCUCCGGCCCCGCUGGUCCCGUUCCGGCUUGCAGCAGCCGCGGCCUCGCCCAGCCGCUCUCUCCCCUGUGGCCUCCCGCCGGGCCGGGUCGUCUGUCGCUGCGGGCCCGGGGCUGCUGCUGGCCAGACCUCUGCUCUCCCUGGGGCUGCUGCAGCUGAUUCUGGGCUGCUGCAUGGUGGCCCUGAGUUUCGGGGCGCUCUCCCUCAGCGGCUCCCCGGAGGUGAAGAACGCCUGCCCCUUCUGGGCUGGCUCCUCGGUGAUUUUAUCAGGGAUUAUAGGAUUGACAACAUGGAAGAGACCAAUGAUACUUUUGGUUAAUUUAUUUGUUUUGCUUUCUGUUAUCUGCGUUCUCUUGAACCUGGCGGGAUUUAUCCUUGGAUGUCAAGGUGCUCAGUUUGUUUCCAGUGUACCUAGAUGCACUCUGGCUGAUGUGAGUGAAAGUAAGUUUUGUUUCUGCUGUGAAGAAUUUCUGCCAGUAAAAUGCACAGAGAAAGAAAAUGCAUUGAAGCUGUAUCCUCUCCAGUCAUGCAAUGCUGUUCACCUUCUCCUCAAGAAAGUUCUCUUUGCUCUCUGUGCUCUGAAUGCCUUGACCACAACCGUGUGUUUAGUAGCAGCUGCCCUACGUUACCUGCAGAUAUUUGCAACAAGAAGAACCGGCUCUGAAGAAUCCCAAACUUAUGUGGAGGAAGUUGAAGAACAAAGCCACAUUUCUGAUCCUGAGAAUUUUGUGCCACCUGUACCACCUCCGUCAUAUUUUGCUACAUUUUACUCCUGUACUCCUAGGAUGAAUCACAGGAUGCUGGGUUCAGAUGUUAUUCCACUACCUCAUAUUUAUGGAGCCAGAAUUAAAGGAGUUGAGAUUUUCUGCCCCCUCGAUCCCCCACCACCUUAUGAAGCUGUAGUGAACCAGAUCAGUCAUGAGCAGGAAAGCACAUUUCAAGUUACAGAAACAGUUAGUGGUCCAGCAGGACAAAAUGAUACACAAUUACCCCAAGAUGAUGUCCAUUCUAGAGAUACCACUAUACAUCCAAAUUUGAGUUCAGCAUCUGUAAAAACCUGCAAGAGACCCCUCAAGCCUCUUAGAAAACGAUCAAAGAGUGACCCUGUACUGCAUGGCUUUCUAUCCCGAGGUCCAGUGCUAAGCUGUGAAGCUGCCACACAAACAGAAUUAAAGCCAGACCUGGUGACUGUUGUUUUACGAAAGAGUCUGAGAGCAAAGGCUUUGCGCCCAAGGCCUCGAUCUUUGAUAGAUUACAAAUCUUACAUAGACACUAAACUGCUUGUGGCAAAGUUCCUUGAACAGUCUUCCAGCAGCAUGACCCCAGAUGUACAUGAACUAGUAGAAGACAUAAAGUCAGUUUUAAAGUCAGAUGAAGAGCACAUGGAGGAAGCCAUCACCAGUGCCAGCUUCCUUGAACAGGUGAUGACACCUGCUUAUCCCUCUGCAUCAAGGGCACAUACUUUGCCUUUCAGAAGGCACCCAGGACUCCUGCACUUGGAGAGCUGUGGGGAUGUGAGUACUUUCACUGCAGCAGAAUUUCAGCUGAGAAAGUGGAGAACUCCAAGGACAGAGCAUGAACGGCCUCAUAGCCUCAUUGGAGUAGUACGGGAAACAGUGCUCUGAGCUUGAAUAUGUUAUCCUUCCGGUUUGAUGAAAUGGACAGACCAGGAGUAUACUUCAUGAACAUUCAAGUUGAUGGGAGAGCAGUGUGCUUUCUACUUAGUGCUGCUUUUGGAAACAGUACUUGAAACUGCUAAAGGAACUUUAUAAAAACCACUGUGUUUGGCUUUGAAGCAGUUGUCUUAAAACUGCAAUAUUCAAGUGCAAUUUGUAUAUUUGAGAUGCAUUUCUUAUUUUGGGAUAUGGUGAAGAAUCGAGGUUGUGUGCACAUUAAUCUUUGUGGAGGCAAUUAUCUCUUUCCACUUAAAGCAAGUGCUUUAUGCCUCCAUUGUCUGUGGUUCCCCCUUCAGUGAAUACCUACAAAUAUACUUUGGUCUCUUUGGAGGAAUAUAGGAUAGAGUUAACUUAUAUUUCUAAUUUCAUACCAUGAAAAUGGAAAUCCCCUGACAAUAGAGCAGCCUUUAUUUUUCAGUGAAAACUAUGUUUUAGUCUGCUGUUAAAACAGGCAUUGCAGAUACAGUGGAACACAGUAUGUCCUCACAAGUACCUACAAAAUAGUGAAGGAAGCUUAAAAUAAAUUCAGUGUAUUCUUUAGCCAUGAGACAAGCCUGUUCCUUCUUCUGGCUUUGCAACUGAAAUGACAGACACACAUGGUGGAGUACUAAAUGCUGGUUUAGCUAGAGUUGCCUCCAUACCCAACUAUGCAUCAGAUGGGAUUUUUUUUAAUAAGUAGAACUUUUAAGUAGAGAUGGAAACAAACCACAUCUUUGCAGUUCAGUUCAUGGCUGAACCACGGACCCAUGUGAACCAGAAGGUUGGUUCACACGACCCCUGCUUUCUGCUCCCCACGGAAAGCGACAAAGAGCAGAAAGCAAUAGUUUAAACAGCUGU